UUAGACACAUUCACAAUCAAACCCUAAUCUUUGUUUUCAUGAAGCUAAUUGCUUCUUUAAUGAGGUAGUUCGAGUAUAAAGAGGUCGAAGUUGCUGGGUAGAAUUCAGACGUCAUACAUAGCUACUCAAUUUUAUUGAGGAUUCAAACAACGAUGGCUGUUUUUCUUGCUUUGAAGAUCCAAACCCCUCUCAUUUUCAAUUCUACUGGGAAAGAAGUUAAAGCUUCCAGUACUUGUAACCUGCAAUCCAGGUGUCAUGCUGUGCUACCUUCCCAAAAACCAUCUCGCCGUCGCCAAGUUUUAGUGAGUGGUGCAUUAGUUGCAAUCUUAACCCUCAACAAUGGCUCAACACCAUUGCCAGCUUGUGCUGGAGAUGAGUCAACUAGUCAAGAGGAUCAGGAUCAGGGCCUCAUAGGGUCCAUAAAAACGUUGUUUGAUCCUACUGAAAAAACAAAGUCCGGUAAAGUGUUGCCGAAGGCUUACUUGAAGUCAGCAAGAGAGGUGGUAAAGACGCUGCGUGAUUCAUUGAAGGAAGAUCCCAAGGAUAUUGCCAAAUUUAGACGGACUGCAGAUGCAGCAAAGGAGUCUAUCCGAGAUUAUCUCAGCGGGUGGAGGGGACAGAAGACAGUAGUCAAUGAGGAAUCAUACGUCGUGAUUGAGAAAGCAAUCAGAUCUCUAGCCAGCUUCUACUCAAAGGCAGGCCCAUCUGCCCCACUUCCAGAAGAGGUUAAGUCUGAAAUUCUGAAGGAUUUGAACUCUGUGGAAGAAUUUUUGUAAAGUUUAAGCAACUCACUUGUAGAUUUUAAUUUUUUAUUUUUUGAACUGGACUCACUCACUUGUAGAUGACAAAUCCAAUGUAUAAUCAUUUUCUGC